UCGAACACUUAAAAUGUUAAUGAAGCCCGCUCUUUUGUUUUUCGCUCUUAAUUUAAUUCACAAUAGUCACUGCUGGAUAUUUAAUACAAUUGACUACAAACGGUUGGAAAAUCAUAUGCUUGAAGAAAAAGAUCGAGGUGUAGGUAAUGAAUUAUCUGCGGAGGAUUUAAUGAACCUAAGGUUCAAUCUUAUAUACCCAGGUACGAAAUGGUGUGGACCUGGAAACAUAGCAGAUGAUUACAACGAUUUGGGAAUAUCCCAGGAGGCCGAUAUCUGCUGCAGAGACCACGACAAUUGCCCUGACACCAUACCGGCUGGGGAGACUAAGCACAAUUUAACCAACGAAGCUUAUUAUACAAAAUUAAGCUGUGAAUGCGAUGAAAAAUUCCGUCAAUGUCUUCGAAGCGGUAACACGAAAUCCACGACUACAAUCGGCCUGAUGUACUUCAACAUCAUCGGAACUCAAUGCUACAGAAGUGAUUAUCUUAUAACGGGGUGCAUUAAGCAAGGAGGAUGGCUAAACACGAAGUGCGUUGAAUAUUCAUAUGACACGAGCAGUGAGAUGACGUACCAGUGGUUUGACGUACCCAACUAUGAGUACUAGGCACAUUCUGAAUAUAUAAGUCUAGGGCUCAAAAAAUAACAGAAACACGGCUAUGUUGUUGGGGCACCAGUUUAACUUGACACAUUAUAAGCGUGCCACCGCAUUCUCAUAUAUUAAAUAUAUUUUAAUCCGUGUGUAAGCACACGUUUUAUGAUUGUAGUAAUUUUUAAGUAUUGUUAUCGUCUUACUUUUAUAUGAUCUGUGUGCGUUUAUAAUAUAUAAGUAUUAUCAUAUCAAGGAAAUCAAAGUAUCUUCGUGAAUAAUUCUAUUUAAAUUACGUAAGAAAAACAAAAAUAAAUAUUGUUUUGUUAUAAUAUGACAUCUCUUAAAAGUUGUAUGUUCAUAUUUCAAGGAUUAUUGUAAAAAUACUUUAAAUUUAAUGUUUAAUAUUAUUAACAGACUAGUUGGUCUAAUGGCUAAAAGCUUUAAAAUUAUUAUGGUCACGAUUUAAUAGUAAAAGUUGUUUUUGUUAAGGAAUUUUUUUGUACAGUUUACAUAUAGGAAGUUGAUAGUGUGUAAUUCCCUUAUUUUGGAAAUUAACUAAAUCCGUUGGUCCUGCGACUAAUUCAUCUCGUGAUUCUUAGUCGCCGGUCGCGUUGAAUUAUGUUCCGUAGGACUAUGAGAGUAAGGAAAUAAAGAGUUCACCUCUUUUUGCAUACAUACAUAUGUAAUAUCUCCUGAUAUUGGCUCGCAGAUUAGCUUUGAAAUUCACCGUCAUGGCAGAAAUUCGUUCAGGCAUACGUUACUAUAUUUUGAAAAAGCAAGACUGAAUAUCUUAAUCAAAUUUGUUUUAAAUUUAAGAUUAUUUUUUGUUUAUAAAUUAUUAAUAAUUGAUAAUUGUCAUCUUUUUAAAUCUUCCGUCCUGUUAUAACCUGGUCAAUAAUUGCUCGCUACAAUACCAUUGCGUCAUAUUAUUUGUACCAGGCAAUGACAUAUUAUUAUUUUGUUAUGUUAUUAUUAAAACUGUCUUAAUUAAAACAAAUAUAAGUUUACAACUCAUCAUAACUAAU